AAGCAGUUAGAUUUAAUUCUUCCUCGUCAGUUGUGUUCUGAUAGUCGAUUUGUGGAUUUGUUGACACGUGGCAAUUCCCUGAGUCAAGAAAGCACCAGAAAGUCGACACAAUGGCAUCUGUCACUGGAUAUUGUGUACUUCUUCUUCUCUCCUCGUGUUUAGUGUUGGGAAGUAUCCAAAUUAACAAUAAUUUUGGUGAUUUUCCCAAACUUCUAGCCUUCCUUGGUAACGCUAUUAAGAGUGAAAAAUCACCUGAUGGUCUGUUAUAUGAGAGAUACAGGCUUACAAUAGACGUUGAUAAAGUCAUAAUCAACAAAAUUUCAUCAAUACUGAAGAAGAGCGAAGUUAUUAAGGAUAAAGAAUUGCUGCGCACUGGAGUGUUUAUUGUUAAAAAUACCGGAAAUUCGCAAGUGGAGGCACAAAGUCAAUCUUACAUGUACAAAAAGAUUCACACCGAUUCAAUCAGCAUCGCUAAUACCAAAGGACUGACUGGAGCGAUUAAAAUCCCGAUGAUUGAUCAUUUUGGUCCAACAGUGACAUUCUCCAAUACUAAAACUACAUCACAAAUCGAUACUACUGAGGAAUGGGUCACGGUUCCACCUCAGAAAGUUCAAUUGAAGCCCAAAACCCAGAUGAAAGUGAAGUACAAUCUGUAUAGAGAGGAAUUAGUGCAGAAAUAUAAUUUGGAUUUCUUAGUCGCUCGAAAUUCAACUUUUAUUGUGACUAGAGGUCUAUCGUAUGCUUUUUCAGGUAUCGAAAGAAUAAGGCAAGACAAGCUAUAUUUACUAAGAUUUAUAAGAUUGAUGCACUUGAAGGGUAAGAAAUUCAAUGAUUCUAAGUCUAUAGAAUAUGAUUUCAAAAACAAACGACUAUUGAUCAAGGAUUACGUUGUUACAAGAAAAGUGGUUAAAGAUAUUGUUGAGGUCAGUUUUGGCGAUGAAGAACCAGUGGAGCAGUAAAGAUUUUCCCAAAAUAUUGUAAGUGACUUGGCAGAAAACUUCUUUGUGUUUCAGUCACAAUUCAGAUUGAAGAACCAAUAAAUGAAUAAAUGUCACGUAGAAUUCCA